CCUUUUUUGAUUUGCGCUCUGGCAAGCAGUCCAAAUGAUCUUUAUGGGCGCACUUCUAUUGUGAACCGGAUAUACAUGAUCCUGCGACCGUAGCCAUGCUCUCCAACCGCCGAGCCAUCCGCCCGCUAAGAUUCCUCGUGCUCCUCAUCUCGCUAUGCUUCUGCUUCUGGGUCAGCGGUUUCCCCAGGACCUAUGACGACGACGAGCUUCCUCUGAGCCAGCGGCGGCCCACGCCCGGCGUCCUCGAACCUGAGCAAAUCAUCGUAUCUGUCAAAACUACGACUCCCAACGCCUGGUCAGAGCUGCCGCCUCUGUUGGUGCUCACCGACUCGGCAUACCACGACUCGCUGCUGUUGAUGGGAGACUUGCGGCUCAACGUGGGUCCAUUCACCGUCGAAGAUGUGCUUGACCGGUACACAGACAGCUUCGUACAAGACAACCCGGACAUGGAGCGCUAUCGGGCGACGCUCGAGUUCGCCGACAGCAGCGUCAGCUUUGCAGAGCUUACCGAGAGGGACCCUCGCAAGGAGAAAGAAGUGCUAGCGAAGCUGGACAAAUAUAAAAUGCUACGCUGGGUCGAGCGAACAUGGCUGUUGCGACCCGAAAGGCCGUGGUACGUCUUGACAGAGCCGAACGUUCACCUCGUCCGCCCCAAUCUGCUCUCGUGGCUCGGCACCUAUGACCCCGAUGGGUACCAUUUUUUCGCCACUCCAUCCGCACCUGAGGCUGCCCAUACUAUUGUCUUAUCGCGAGGUGUCAUGAAGGCCAUCAUGGUCGACCGCCCUGACUUGAUCCCUUACUACGACAACAACAUUCGAGGCCACAAGAAUGCCUUCGAGGUUCUUGCCACUGUACUUCUCUCUACGCUCAAUGUCACUGCGACUAUGGUUUGGCCAGAAAUCUCCCACUACAGUCCCGCCACGGCACCAUACGGACCUGGGCUGUGGUGUGACCACGUCAUCACCAUGUCAAACAUGCCCACCGACCUGAUGAACGAAUUGUGGCGUUUCGAACACGAAAGACGGAACUGGCCAAACGAAGAUGCUCUCUGUUUCGCUGACCUGUGGUUUCGCUUCAUGCAGCCCGAGAAUUUAGACCCACGAGACGACUGGGACAACCUCUCCUCCGGUACCGGCUACGAGCAGUGGAACAUCCUCUUCGACCGCAAGCACGAGCAUCACUCGGAAAAAUCCUCGGGCAGGGCCAAACCUGGAGAGGCUUCGUGGGAGGCAUGCCGAGACUCCUGUAGCGAGAAUGAUUUUUGCGUGCAGUGGUCGUACUCGUCUGUGCCUAUGCCGAAUGAUAACGAGAACGGCGACACGAGGUGCCACUUGAGCAGGAGCAUGAAGUUUGGUCAACACGUCGCCCCGCAGCUGGUGGAUCGCUUUGGCGAGAAGGCAACGCUGGCGUGGAAGAGCGGUUGGGAGAAGGAGCGGUUCCAGAGUUGGGCAAGGCAGCAGCGAUGUAAAGAACAGCAGAACUGAACCGAACGUAAUAACACAUCAAGCACAUCAAAAGUCUUGGGACCGAACUUGCAUUUAUCUGAUAUUCUACCCUUCGCUGGGCAUCGAAGCUAUCCCCAGAUUACGGGGCUUGGGUAAGCAGACACGUGCUGUGCAUGAUGGAUGAGAGU